AUGGAGUAAAAUUAUUAUAUAGGCCAUUAAAUACGUACAUUCUUAAUAAAUUAUUGUUGAAUUUAAUAUUAGAAUUGUUAAGAAUCACGCAGAAUCAGGUUAAAAAAUCAACAAACGAGUAGAAAAUGUUACAAUAGAAAUAAAAGCAUAUUAUGAAUAUGUAAUAAAAAUUUAGUCAUAUUACAUUGUCACAAUAUACUGGUUAGAAUUGAAAUUAAAUUUAGGUAUAAAAUUAUAAAUAAUCUUUAGCACAGUAUGUUCUAUUUAAAUGUUUUUUUAUGCUAUUAUUUCUUUAAUUGUUGAAAAUUAUAUGUAAAUUAUAUGAUAAUUAUUUGAUUAAAUCUUACUUUGAGUUGAAGCCAAAAAUGCAAAAAUCUUAAAAAUUCAAAACACAAACACAAAUCUAAUAACUGUUGAUUUAAAUUUUUACCCGAGGACUUCUGGAUGAUUUUUUUGGAUAAUACUUUCUUUUUUACGAACGAGGUGUGCUUCCUUCCGCCAUUCUUCCAGUUUAGAAAUCGAUCGUGAGAAAUAUCGAUAUGUUUGAGAAUCGUAUAUAUUCCGAUAUGUUUGAGGAAGUGUAUAUUCCGCCUUUCACCGUUGGCGCUGUUACUAACUAAUUUCAAAUCCAAUACGCGCGCAUUUCGCACGAAAUGUUAACUUGGAAUAAAAAAUGAAAAAUUCUGAUCUAUAUCAAAUACACAGUUUGUGAGAAUUUCAUAAAAAAAGAAAUUGUAGGACAAUUUCUUUUUUUUCUCGAAAAUUGUAAAAAUUCAAACGUCUCACUAAAGGUUUGUGUCUGAAUUAUUAGGUUAAAAUUAAAUUUUAUAUUCAUGUACCUCUGAACUGGUUCGAACUACAUUUGAAAACUACAUUUAGAUUUAAAAAAUCGAUUUUAGAUGUGAGUUGCUAAUAUACAGUUUUGAAUUGAUUAAUUAUUGACAAUUAUUAUAAGUAGGUGUAUGUCCCAUUGUUGGAUGGGAACCAAUGAUUGACACCGGAUUUAUGUUACGUUAAUUACAAAUUUUUAACAAAAUAUUAAUUAAUACAAUUAAUUUAACACAAGGAAAAAUCAACAAUUUAGAAUUAGAAUUUAAAUUCCAUGAUAUAUUAAUUUUUUUAAUACUUAUUACAAUUUACAAUAUUUCAAGUUUUGUCGCUCAUUUGUAUACAGUUGUAUACGCCGUGGACAAAAGUGGACUCGCAUGCACAUGUCGCUCAUUUACAGUUGUAUAUGCCGUGGACAAAAGUGAGGUUAUAUAUACAAAAAGAAACAGACUGAGGGUUAGUCUAGAGGAUUAAUUAGAGGAAACGAAUGAAAAGAAAAGUGUCAAGAAGUUAGAUAACUUUUCUUUAGGGAGUCAAUUCCAAUCUUUCUCGAGAAAUGGAUGACGAAGCUGAAACGUACAAAUUGUGGCGAAUAAGGAAAACAGUAAUGCAACUGUGUCACGAUCGAGGUUACUUGGUUACCCAAGACGAACUGGAUCAAACUUUGGAACAGUUCAAGGAACAAUUCGGGGACAAACCGAGUGAAAAGAGACCAGCUCGCAGCGAUCUCAUAGUUUUAGUUGCCCAUAAUGACGAUCCAACAGAUCAGCUUUUCGUAUUCUUUCCAGACGAACCAAAGAUUGGAAUUAAAACCAUUAAAACGUACUGUCAGCGUAUGCAAGAAGAGAAAAUCCAUAGAGCUAUCAUUGUUGUACAACAAGGAAUGACGCCAUCAGCUAAACAGUCAUUGGUGGAUAUGGCGCCAAAAUACAUAUUAGAACAAUUUUUAGAAUCGGAAUUGCUUAUUAAUAUCACAGAACACGAGUUGGUACCUGAGCACAUUGUGCUCACACCAGACGAGAAGGAAGAAUUACUCACCAGAUAUAAACUAAAAGAGAAUCAAUUAAUGCGUAUACAGGCUGGUGACCCUGUGGCUCGUUACUUUGGUUUGAAACGUGGACAAGUUGUAAAAAUUAUUAGGCCUUCCGAGACUGCUGGUAGAUAUAUUUCAUAUAGACUU